AUGACUUUCCCCCAAAACAAACCCCUAAAGCCAGACUAUGGUUUAUUAUUAAAAAAAAAAAAAAAAGAAAUAGGCUUUGACAAGCUCGUAAAGCAUGAAAGCACAAAAGGUUUCAUUUUAGUGAGGUCCCUCCGAACACUUUUCCAGAACAAUCACGCAAAGAAGCUGUCGUCCAAAGGCGGGGUUGGUCAGCUUUUUGAGCACAUCACUUAUGUGUCGACCCGGUCCGGCGAUGCCGCCCCCGGUCACUGGUCCCCCCGCCGUGCCCCCGCCAGACGGCGGCUGGGGCUGGGCCGUGGUGCUGGCCUCCUUCAUUUCCAUUGGCUUCUCCUACGCCUUCCCCAAGGCCAUCACCGUCUUCUUCAAAGACAUCCAGGUCAUCUUCGACGCUUCCUACAGCCAGAUCGCCUGGAUCUCCUCCAUCAUGCUUGCCGUCAUGUACGCCGCAGGCCCCGUCAGCAGCAUCCUGGUCAACACGUACGGCUGCAGGCCCAUCGUCAUGAUGGGCGGCUGCUUGUGUGCACUCGGCAUGACUCUGGCCUCCUUCUGCACCAGCGUGGUGCAGCUCUACCUCUGCAUCGGAGUCAUCGGGGGACUGGGCUUGGCAUUUAACCUGCAGCCAGCUCUGACCAUGAUCGGCAAAUACUUCGCCAAGAAGCGUCCCAUCGCCAACGGUCUGGCCAUGGCAGGAAGUCCGGUCUUCCUCAGCUCCUUAGCGCCCCUCAACCAGUACCUCUUCAACCACUUCGGCUGGAGAGGAAGCUUCCUCAUCCUGGCCGGCCUGCUGCUCAACUGCUGCGUGGCGGGGGCGCUGAUGAGGCCGCUGGGCCCGCCCCCGUCCAAAGUGAAGAAGGAGGCGUGCGUGAUCACGGUCACCAAAGAGAAGCGCAGCGCCUGGAAAGUUGUGAACAAGUACCUGGACCUGACGCUCUUCAGGCAUCGCGGCUUCCUAAUCUACCUUUCUGGCAACGUGAUCAUGUUCCUGGGCUUCUUCGCGCCCAUUGUCUUCCUGGCGGCGUUCGCCAAGGACAUGGGCGUGGACGAGUACUCCGCCGCCUUCCUGCUCUCCAUCCUAGCUUUCGUGGACAUGUUCGCCAGGCCCUCCAUGGGUCUGCUGGCCAACUCGCGCUGGGUCAGGCCCAAGAUUCAGUACUUCUUCAGCUUCGCCGUGCUCUACAACGGCGUGUGCCACAUCCUGUGCCCGCUGGCCGAGACCUACACCGGCCUGGUGGUCUACGCCGUGUUCUUCGGCUUUGCCUUCGGCAUGGUGAGCGCCGUCUUGUUUGAGAGUCUCAUGGACCUGGUCGGCCCUCAGAGGUUCUCCAGCGCUGUGGGCCUCACCACCAUUGUGGAAUGUUGCCCGGUCCUCCUGGGGCCGCCUUUAGCAGGCAAACUGGUGGACGUCAGCAAGACUUACAAAAGCAUGUAUUUUUGCUGCGGGGCCGUGGUCAUCCUGGCCAGCCUGUGGCUCUUCAUCGGCAACUUCAUCAACUACAGACUGCUGGACCGCGAGCGCAAGCAGCUCCAGCAGUACACGCCGGCCGGCACCGAGGACCCGGACCCGGUGGGCAAGGAGGCGCAGCCGGGCCAGGAGAAGGGCCAGGAGCCCAUGCAGAGGGAAACCAACAUGUGAAGAGAAGACCACCGGAGCUUGCCUAAAGAAAUGGUUCAGCGAUGAUCAAUCUGAAGCCAACAGAUGCCUCGUGGUCUUCCACCUAUAUAUAUAUAUAUAUAUAUAUAUAUAUAUAUAUAUAUAUAUAUAUAUAUAUAUAUAUAUAUAUAUAUAUAUAUAUAUAUAUAUAUACAUAUCCUUUAUACAAUGGUCAAUACCGGGGUAAAGCGCAAUAUACGUUAGGUCAGGAAAAAAAAACCAAAGGUAAUAUUAUCCCUACUAGCCUGUUUCGCCAGUUUCCCUGGAGUCUAUAGUAUUUUGACGAGCAGGAAAAACAGGCUUGUAGGGAUGAUGUAGCCUCUGUGUGUUUUUUCCUGACCUAACGUAUAUGUAUUUAUGUAUACAUGUAUACAUAUAUAUGUAUACAUGCAUAUACUGUAUGUAUAUAUGUAUACACGCAUAUAUAUAAAUGUAUAUAUGUAUACAUACAUAUACUGUAUAUGUGUAUACUGUAUACAUAUGUAUGUAUACAUACAUAUAUGUAUACACGCAUAUAUGUAUGUGUAUACAUGCAUAUAUACGUAUGUAUACAUACAUAUGUAUACAUACAUAUAUAUGUGUAUACUGUAUGUAUAUAUGUAUACAUACAUAAAUACAUACGUAUGUAUGUACAUGCAUUUAUGUAUGUGUAUACAUGCAUAUAUAUGUAUGUAUAUAUGUAUGCACACAUACAUAUGUCUACAUACAUAUAUAUGUGUAUACUGUAUAUAUGUACAUAUGAGUAUACUAUGUAUGUAUGUAUAUAUGUAUACAUGCAUAUAUGUAUAUAUACAUGGAUAUAUAUGUAUACAUACAUAUAUAUGUAUGUAUACAUACAUACAUAUGCAUGUAUACGUACGUAUGUAUAUAUGUAUACAUGAAUAGGAAGGUAUGACUAUAUGUAUACAUAUAUUGUGCAUGUAUGUGUGUAUAUACAUAAAUAUAUAUGCAUGUAUAUAUGUACACCUAUAUACAUUUAUAUGUAUGUAUAUAUGUAUACAUGCAUAUAUGUAUGUAUAUAUGUAUACAUACAUAUGCAUGUAUACAUAUGUAUUUUUUAUAUGUAUACAUAUACCGUAUAUGUAUGUGUAUACAUACAUACAUACAUGUAUAUAGGUAUACAUAUAUACUAGCAUUUAUAUAUGUAUACAUAUAUAUAUGUAUAUAUAAUAUGUAUGCAUAUAUACAUAUGUAUGUCUGUUUAUAUGUAUACAUAUAUACAUGUAUACAUAAGUAUGUAUGUAAUAAUGUAUUAAUGUAUGUGUGUACACAUACAUACAUAUGUACAUGUAUACAAAUAUAUAUGUAUGCAUGCGUGUGUGUAUAUACAUGCAAAUAAUAUGUAUAUGUACAUAUGUAUACUUAUAUAUGUAUAUGCGUAUGUAUAAAUAAAUACACAUAUAUAUGUGUAUGUAUGUGUGUAUUUAUAUUAAUAUUUAUUACACCUAUUUAUUAACUGUAGUAAUUCAAUCAGGCGACAAAUGCUGGCAUUUCUAAAAAAAGGGUCCCAGGUGAAUGAUGAACUCCACCACACACGUCUUCCAAUCACAGAAAUAUUUGUCCUUGGGAAGUCGGCCCAGCAGCCUGCUCCCGCCUCUACUUCUUGUUGUUAUUGUUUAACAACAACAACGACGACAACGACAUGAUGCACUCACUCUGCGACUCGGCUGUGCUUCCUCUAAAUAUAUCCUAACUUCCUGUGGUAAGCUGAAUGUACUUCCUCUGCAGGCCUUACUUAACCAGCUACAACUCACCAAAAUGUCUUUUCCCCCAACACAUAGUCUCCCAUUUCUGCAUCUUUUUAACUCUCAUGACUUCACGUCCCCAAUUGUUCGACCCUUGGAGGAUUUAAAGGGCAAGUGCACUUUUUUGGUGGAGUUUCGCCCAUCCUUUACAAUCCCUAUGUGACACAGGAACACUUUUUUUAAUGCAUUCUAAGGCACAGAUGAGCACUAACAAGAGUCAGCUAACAACGGAGCCAAUAAGAGUCGAUCUAUUCCGCCUAUUAAGCUACUAAGUCAUUAUUUUUUUCUUAAAUGUCUAUACAUUUUAAUGAAAUAAAUACAAUAUUAUUAAAGACAUGCACAUGUAUGCAUGCUAACAUUAAAGUGCUAACUUUCUUUGCUAAAUGCACUAAUUUUUCUUGAGUUCCCAGCUAUACACCUUAGUCAUGUUAGCUUGCUAGCAUGCUAACCUUUUAUUUUAUUUAUUUAUUUUUAGCUAAUUUUGCAACCGUUUCACCCAGAGUCAUAAAACUUGGUAUGUGACACUUGUUACCUGUUAGCAUGCAAAUGAUAGCAUGCUAGCAGGCUAAUUUAAGCAUGCUAAUUUUUACUUUUUUUUCUAUUUUUCGCAGCCAUACAACCUAGAGUCAUAUAACUUGAUAUGUGACACAAGCUAACUAUUAUCAUGAUAACAUCAGCUUGUUAGAAUGCUAACAUUAGCGUACUAGCAUGUUAAAAUUAGCAUGGAAACUUUUUUUUGGUUUGAGCUAUUUUUGCAACCGUUUCACCCAGUCAUAAAAUUUGGUAUGUGACACUUGUUACCUGUUAGCAUGCAAAUGAUAGCAUGUUAGCAAGCUAAUUUUAGCAUGCUAAUUUUUUGUUGUAAUUUUACACUUUUUUUCUAUUUUUCGCAGCCGUACACCCUAGAGUUAUAUACCUUGGUAUGUGACACAAGCUAACUAUUAUCAUGACGACAACAGCUGGUUAGAAUGCUAACAUUAGCGUACUAGCAUGCUGAAAUUAGCAUGGGAACUUUUUUUUGGUUUGAGCUAUUUUUGCAACCGUUUCACCCAGUCAUAAAAUUUGGUAUGUGACACUUGUUACCUGUUAGCAUGCAAAUGAUAGCAUGCUAGCAAACUAAUUUUAGCAUGCUAAUUUUUUGUUGUAAUUUUACACUUUUUUCUAUUUUUCGCAGCCAUACACCCUAGAGUCAUAUACCUUGGUAUGUGACACAAGCUAACUAUUAUCAUGACAAUGUCAGCUUGUCAUAAUGCUAACAUUAGCGUACUAGCAUGCUAAAAUUAGCAUGCAAACUUUUUUUUGUUUGAGCUAUUUUUGCAUUCGUUUCAUCCGGAGUCAUAAAACUUGGUAUGUGACACUUGUUACCUGUUAGUAUGCAAAUGAUAGCAUGCUAGCAAGCUACUUUAAGCAUGCUAAUUUUUUCUUGUAAUUUUACACUUUUUUUCUAUUUUUCACAGCCAUAUACCCUAGAGUCAUAUAACUUGGUAUGUGACACAAGCUAACUAUUAUCAUGAUAACAUCAGCUUGUUACAAUGCUAACAUUAGUGUACUAGCAUGCUAAAAUUAGCAUGCAAACUUUUUUUUGUUUGAGCUAUUUUUGCAACCGUUUCACCCGGAGUAAUAAAACUUGGUAUGUGACACUUGUUACCCGUUAGCAUGCAAAUGAUAGCAUGCUAAAAGGCUAACUGAAGCAUGCUAACUUUUUCUUGUAAUUUUACACUUUAGUUUUUUCUAUUUCCGCAUCCAUACACUUGGGAGUCAUAUAACUUGGUUUCUGACACAAGCUAACUAUUAUCUCGGUUACGUUAGCUUGCUAGAAUGCUAACAUUAGCAUACUAGCAUGCUAACUGUUAUUUAUUUUAUUUUUUUAGCUAUUUUGGCAACCGUUUCACCCAGAGUCAUAAAACUUACGUGACACUUGUUACCUGUUAGCAUGCAAACGAAAGCAUGCUAGCAAGCUAACUUAAGCACGCUAACUUUUUCUUGUAAUUUUAACACUUUUUUUUCUAUUUCCGUAGCCAUACACCUUAGAGUCACAUAACUUGGUAUGUGACACGAGCUAACUAUUACCAUGCUCACGUUAUCUUGCUAGCAUGCUAACAUUAGCAUGCUAACUUUUUUUUGGGUAAUUUUACACUUUUUUCUUUUAUUUCUGCAGCCAUACACCUGAGAGUCAUAUAACCUGGUAUGUGACACAAGCUAACUAUUAUCAUGGUCACGUUAGCUUGCUAGCAGGCUAACAUUAGCAUUAGCAUGCUAACUUUUUUUUUGUAAUUUUACACUUUGUUCUUUUAUUUCUGCAGCCAUACACCUUCGAGUCAAACACCUUGGUACGUGACACAAGCUAACUAUUACCAUGGUCACGUUAGCUUGUUAGCAUGCUAACAUUAACAUGCUAACACUUUUAGUUGAUUUUUUUUGCUAUUUUUGCAACUGUUUCCCUCCAGAGUCAUGUAACCUGAUACGUGACACUUUUAAAAUGUUAGCAUGCAAACGUAAUGCGUGCUAACAUUAAAGUGCUAACUUUAUUAGCUAUAUUUGCAAAUUAUAUUUUUAAAAUGGUCAGUUUGAGUGCGUCGGGGGUUUGUGAAGUGCAGGCACAAGUGCAGUUGGCCUUUAAACCUCCUGGUUUUCCUGCUAGCAUCUCCUCCAAGCUAAUGUUUGCACAAAAAUGCGUGUGAUUCUCACCUUUUUUGUCAGUAUUGACCAAAAACAAUGGUAUCAUUUAAUUGAAUGUGAAUUUUCCUAGCAGCAGAAGUAUGUUGAUGUUCUUUUCUUCCUCCCUUCACUGGCUGUUGAGUGUCCCUGAACGCCGCAUAACACUGCCCCCCGGUGGCCAGAAGCCGCCAUCACAGCUUCUCUUUUUGCAGGCUCAGGACUCUUUGUUGGUUCUUCUGGUUUUUUGUCCCGAGUCUAUUUAAAACAUCACUUGCUGCUGUCUCAUUCCGGCCAGACACUUUUUUUGUGUGUUUUGGACUUGAUUUCUUGGAACAAAAUAGUGAAAUUUGAUGAACCUUUUUUUUGUUGUUUAUUUAGAUUUUAAGGCAUUUUUUGUGUUGAAUUAGCAGAAUGUUGAAGUUGAUGAUUAGGAGCCUCAACUACCAUUGUCCUGAACAAAGUAGUCUCUAGUGCCUUAAUAUUAUUAUUACUAUUAUUAUUAUUAUUAUUAUUAUAGACCAGGGGUCACCAACCUUUUUGAAAGCAAGAGCUACUUCUUGGGUACUGAUUAAUGCGAAGGGUUACCAGUUUGAUACACACUUAAAUAAAUUGCCAGAAAUAGCCAAUUCGCUGAAUUUACCUUUAAUAUAUAUAUAUAUAUAUAUAUAUAUAUAUAUAUAUAUAUAUAUAUAUGGGUAUUUUUGUCUGGCAUUCCAUCGUACAUUUUUUUUCCUUUUACGUAAGGUUUUUUGUAGGGAAUAAAUGCUAAAAAAAACACACACACCAAAUAAAACGGUUUAAAAGAGGAAAAAACACGGUUUAAAAGAGGAGAAAAGACGAAAAAAAUUAAAAUUUAAUUUUGAAACAUAGUUUAUCUUCAUUUUUGACUUUUUAAAAUUCAACAAGAAAAAAAUGUAAAGAAAAACUAGCUAAUUCGAAUCUUUUUGAAAAAAUAUUAAAAAUGUAUGGAACAUUAUAAAUUUUUCCUGAUUAAAAUUAAUUUUUAGAAAAUUUUGAAAACAUGUUUUGAAAAGGAUAAUAUCCAAUCUGCACUUUGUUAGAAAAUAUAACAAAUUGGACCAGGCUAUAUUUCUAACAAAGGCAAAUAGUUAUUUCUUCUAGAUUUUCUAGAACAAAAUUUUUAAAAGAAAUUCAAAAAACUUUGAAAUAAUAUUUAGAUUUGAUUCUACAGAUUUUCUAGAUUUGCCAGAAUAAUUUUUAAAAAAUUUUAAUCACAAGUUUCAAGAAAUAUUUCACAAAUAUUCUUCAUUAAAAAAAAAAAGCUAAAAUGAAGAAAUACAUUAAAAUGUAUUAUUCCUUACAAUAAUUUUUUUUUUUACUUGAAAAUCGAUUUAAAUUUUCGAGAAAGGAGUGGAAGGAAUUUAAAAGGUAAAAAGGUAUAUGUGUUUAAAAAUCCUUAAAUAAUUUUUAAGGUUGUAUGUCUUGUAUGUCUUUCUGAAAGUUAUAAGAAGCAAGGUAAAAAAAUAAAUGAAUUUGUUUAAACAAGUGAAUACCAAGUCUUUAAAAUAUUUUUUUGGAUUUUCAAAUUGUAUUUGAGUUUGUCUCUCUUAGAAUUAAAAAAUGUCAAGCAAAACGAGACCAGCUUGCUAGUAAAUACAAAAAAAUAAAAAAUUGAGGCAGCUCACUGGUAAGUGCUGUUAUUUGAGCUAUUUAUAGAACAGGCCAGCGGGCGACUCAUCUGGUCCUUACGGGCUACCUGGUGCCCGCGGGCACCACGUUGGUGACCCCUGGUAUAGACGGACUCAUGUUGUGUUGCUGAAAAUGGUAUUUUAGUGUGUCUGCAUAAAGGUAGACUUUAUUCAUCCAGAUUGUAUUUUGACUCUACCUCUGCAGACGUGACGGUGAAGUCUUCCUUCACCGGAACAAUAAAAUGUAUUCCGUAUAUCCAACCUGACAA